UUAACAUUACUUUCUUUUUUUACUCUGAAAAAUUGUGAUAUAGUAUUUAAACAUCAGUUUGAUUAUUUUUAUUUGUAUCGACAUGUAUUGAUCGUCAUUUCAGCUCCCGGUGAAGUCUCUGUUAAUGUUGAAGAUGAACGAUCAAGACCCACAAUGUUGUUCAUAUUUUGGUCAGCACCUGGGGUGGUUCAUUGCCCGAUAUUUCAGUACAGGAUAGAAUAUAAACUUACUCAACUUGAUCAAUGUCAGAACCAAAGUAAUGAAUUUGAAGUCAGUGUUGUGGAUCAUACAAAAAAAGAAUACACCUUAUCGGAACUUACACCAUUUAGCACUUAUGAGGUAGUUGUAUCAGCUGGAGUAGAUGGAAUGAAUGAUAACACAGUAUUCACUCCUGGUCGGGCUGGUUUUGGCAAUACAACAUUCGCAGAUGCUACAGCACCACCACAGAACAUAAUUAACCACCAAACAGAGGAUGCACGAUCACUGAAGUUCAUAUGGGAAGAAAUUCCUUGCGGUGACAGGAGAGGUCCUAUAGUAAAAUACAACUAUAUUCUGGAAAUGAAUUCCGGUAUUGUGAAAGAAACUACUGUUGGUAAACCCAUUAAAGUGAUAAAAGACCUGAUUCCUUGUACCACAUACACAUUCAUGGUGAGUGGCAAAG